AUGUUUUCUGAGUUUCUGAGCAUCGCCAGAGAGCAAGAAGCAGCACAAAGUGGACAAAUUUGUGAAGUGAAGCAGCAAGCUUUGUCCGCCAAUGAAAAACUUUCGGAAAGCAAUGGAAAAAUUACCAGGCUUGAAAAGGAAAAGGCUGAACUGGAAAUGAAAGCCAAAGAAGUCAAGGGGAAAGUAAUGAUGCUUGAGGAAGAUGUUUCUAACAAUUUGGCAAAAUUGAAGGAACUGUCCAACGAAGUGGCAGAAUGGAGAACAAGAGCUGAAGAAUCUGGGGAUAGAUGUCUUUCAAUAACAAAGAUGCUUUUAGAGACGGAGCAACAAGAGAAACUAAUCAUGCUACAGCUAUCCGAGAAAGAACACAGAGCUGAAAAGCUGCAGCAAGCGACAGUUCUUCUAGAGAAUGAGGUCGAAAGCACCAAACAACAGCUCAGGGCGACUCAGCAGAGCCUUAAAGAGGCAGGCGAUAACUACAAAGAAGCAUCCUCAAAUUUGAUGGAAAUGACUUCAGAAAUGAGCUGUUGGAAGAAACAAGCUGAAGACUUAGAGUCGAAGCUAUCGGUCAUGGAAGGAAACAAUAAAACGCUUGAAGAAGAGAAGAACAAAUUGCUAAAGACAAUGAUUGUAGAGUAUCAAAAACAUCUGGAUUAUAGUCUUGCAAUGAAAUCAGAUAUUGCCUCAUUGAAGUCGAAGAAAAAAGAGCAGAGAGAUAAAAUCAAUGAGCUUGAGAGUGAAAACCAGAUGCUCAUACAACAACUGAAUGAGUCGAACCAAGAAGGAGAGAAGGAAAAGAAUUCAAAGUUUUUGCUUGAAGAAGAGCUACGUGUGGUGCGUGAUGAGAAUAACGAGCUAAAUGACGUCAUCCAUCAACUUAACCAGAGUCUUCAUAAAGCGAAGACCAGGCGAUGGUGGAAGAAACUUGUGUCUUGUACAUGA